AUGAGAUAUCUGGCAGUGGCGCUCGUCAUCGCCGCUGCCGGCGUGGGUGCCAACUCGCUGGUGGAGGGGCCCAAGCCUACCAUCGGCGACGUGGGCGAGUGGUGCGGGCCGGACGGCUACCUGCCCAAGCGGCAGAUGGCUGGCGUGAUCAAGCCGGGCGCGGGCGGCAACCGGCGAACGCUCUGCCACAAGACAAAGCGGUGGAUCUCGCCGAUGGGGCAGGGCGGCAUCUGCUGGUCGCAGAAGAAGCCGAGCCGCUUCAGCGGCCUCCCCCUCUUCCGCGCCAAGCCCUCCUUUCGGCGGCCCUUCAAGGUGCGGCUGCUCGAGUACGACUCGGUGGGUAUCGCCACGACCCUCGUCGAGGAGGAGAAGGCGAAGCUCCUGCGCGUCAAGGGCACCGCACACCGCCGCCCGCGCCCCACGCCCGGCCAGUUGCUCGUGCCCUGGUACCGGAAGCUCAUAUGA